CCGCGUCCCCCGCCGAAGGCCUUUCUGUGCGCCGGCGGCCGCGAUGGCGGACGUGUCCGAGAGGAAGCUGCAGCUGUCGGUGCUGUUGGCCUUCGCCUGCGGGGUGCUCGUGGGCUGGCAGGCGAACCGGCUGCGGAGGCGCUACCUGGACUGGAGGAAGCGGAGGCUGCAGGACCAGCUGGCGGUGGCGCAGAAGAAACUGGACCUGGCCUGAGCGCGGCCGUGGGCCCCGCCGCUCCCGCGCGCCCACCUCGCCUUGCCCACGCGGGGGAGGGUGGGGAUUGGGGAGGCUGCCUGAGUCAGGCGCCCUCACACCCCCACCCGCCACCUAGGCGCCUCUGCAGUGUCGCUUGUUGAAGAUGGAUAUAGAGCACUGGACAGAAAUUAUUUCUCCUGGCACUUAUGCUCCAAUUUUAUUUUUAAAAUAAAAUUUCAAACAUC